UCGCUAUGAAGCUCUUGCCAUUUUCGGCAUAUAAGAAGGGCUCAAAGUUGAAGCAUUUCACAGAUCACAAGUUUUGUAGAGUAGAGAGUGAAAUGGGUUCUCUUAGAUCUGAACUAGACAAGCCCCAUGCAGUGUGCAUACCGUUUCCGGCUCAAGGCCAUAUCAACCCCAUGCUAAAACUAGCCAAGAUUCUCCAUCACAGAGGCUUCCACAUCACAUUUGUCAACACAGAAUUUAACCGCCGCCGCCUGGAGAGAUCCCGGGGGCCGGAAUCUCUCCGGGGCCUGCCGUCGUUCCGUUUUGAGACCAUUCCCGACGGGCUUCCCCUGUCGGAGGCGGAUUCCACCCAGGAUAUCCCCUCGCUGUGCGAGUCUACUAGCGCCACCUGUUUAGGCCCUUUUAAGGAGCUUCUUGCUAGGCUUAAUGACACCGCCGUGUCAAACGCUCCACCCGUGUCCUGCAUAGUCUCCGACGGGGUCAUGAGCUUCACCGUCGCCGCGGCCGAGGAGCUGGGCGUCCCGGAAGUCCUGUUCUGGACUCCUAGCGCCUGUGGGUUGUUGGGUUACAUGCAUUACACUCAGCUCCUCGACAAGGGCUACACGCCUUUCAAAGAUGAGAGUUACCUGACAAAUGGGUAUCUGGAGACAGAGUUGGAUUGGGUAAAAGGCAUGAAAGGCAUACGUCUGAGAGACCUUCCAUCUUUCUUUAGAACCACAAAUCCAGAUGAAUACAUGGUCAAGUUCAUGAUACAAGAAACAGAGAGAUCGAGAAGGGCUUCUGCCAUCAUUCUCAACACCUUUGACGCGUUGGAGCAUGAAGCUUUAAUGGCGCUUCAGUCCAUGCUCCCGCCGGUCUACGCCGUCGGCCCAUUACAGUUCCUCCACACACAGGUCAAAGACAGCAACGUAAGAUCACUGGCAUCAAACCUCUGGAAAGAAGACACCUCCUGUCUGGAAUGGCUGGACACGAAAGCCCCAAACUCUGUCCUUUAUGUCAACUAUGGCAGCAUAACAGUGAUGACACCAGACCAACUCUCGGAGUUCGCCUGGGGAUUAGCGAACUCCAAGAAACCAUUCUUGUGGAUCGUCCGGCCCGACCUGGUCACCGGGGAGGCGGCCAUUCUCCCACAGGAAUUUGUAGAGGAAACUAAAGACAGAGGAAUGCUCAAAAACUGGUGUCCCCAGGAACAAGUCCUGGGCCACCCAGCUGUCGGGGGAUUCUUGACCCACAACGGAUGGAAUUCGACUCUCGAGAGCAUCUGCAGCGGGGUGCCAAUGCUGUGCUGGCCGUUCUUCGCCGAGCAACCUACCAAUUGCCAUUAUGCUUGCAGUAAAUGGGGGAUUGGCAGGGAGAUUGACAGCAAUGUGAAGAGGGAUGAAGUUGAGAAGCUUGUGAGGGAAUUAAUGGAGGGAGAGAAGGGAGGAGAGAUGACGAAGAAAGCCAUGGAAUGGAAGAAGUUAGCAGAAGAAGCUGCAACUUUUUCCAUCGGAUCAUCACAGAUCAACAUAGAUAAGCUCAUCAAUCUUCAUCUCCUUCCUCCAAAAUAUUAGACCACACCGGCCAUUUACGUGCCUAGAAAAGACAAUUUUUUGGCCUCGAACUCUCACAUCCCACCUGGUGUGACAGGAUAGUGGAUGAUACUUAUCUUUUGUGAGUUCUUUCUUCAUCUUUUUGUGUAAUAAAUAAGAGUUUUAAAAUAGUUCCUUAUGGUAUCUUAUUAUAACAUGGAAUAUGGUAUGCUUAGUCUAUUAUUAUAGGUCUAUUGUGAAAAUUAUAUAAUAAUGUCGAGUUAUUAUUAAUGUCAUCAUGAAUUUCAAUUUUAA